CUCCCUUGAGCUGGCAAUCAAUCUCAAAUCGCAAAUUCCAACAGCCACAUCCACUGUUCAUCCUGUCAUCCAACCGCCAUCUUGAUCUAUCGUCCAUUCGAUACGAACGAAAUUUGUCGGAUGGUUGACAGUGCGUGAAUUUUGCAGAGCACACAAUGAGUUCCCCUCUUCGACCCAGCUCCUCAGCCGCAAAUCGCGGUCUGGGAAACUUGAACAGACGCAAGCGCGACAGAGAGCCCGACGAUGAAACUUCUUCGGUUGCUGCUCCACCGUCAAGUCCCCCUCCCUCCUCUCCGCCUAUGCUUCCAUUCGACGAAGAGAAUGACCGAGACGAGGAAGCUGAGCUGUUGGGGGACAUCGAUGAUAUUGAAGAGAUGGCCGAAGAUGAAGACGGAAUCGAUCUCUUCGGCGAUAACUUCGAAAAAGAUUACCGAAACACCCAGGACCAAAUGUAUCGAGGACAUGACAUUGACGAUGACGGAGAGUAUGACGAACUGGACCCCGCUGCUCGCCGACAGCUCGAGGCCCGUUUGAACAAGAGAGAUAGGGAAUUGGCACGCCGUCGUCGCAUGCCUGCUGCUUUCCUGCAAGAUGAUGAUGACGACAUGAAUGUCGAUCUUACUAGGCAACCUCGCCGCAGGAGACACCACUACGAUGAGGACCACGAAGAUAUCGAAAUGGGCGAAGAUAUCAUGGAAGAGGAGCUUUCUCUGGAAGAAUUGGCAGAUGUCAAAGCCUCCAACAUUACAGAGUGGAUUCUCCAACCUCAAGUGCUACGCUCAAUCCAUCGCGAGUUCAAGGCCUUCUUGACUGAGUACACAGACGCUUCUGGAAGCUCGGUGUACGGUAAUCGUAUCCGUACUCUGGGAGAGGUCAACUCUGCAUCUCUGGAGGUUUCCUAUGAGCACCUGAGUUCGACUAAGGCCACCCUUGCGUAUUUCCUUGCAAACGAGCCCACGGAGGUCCUGAAAGUAUUCGAUCAGGCUGCUCUCGAUGUCACUUUGUUCCACUACCCGCAGUACCACGACAUUCAUAAUGAAAUUCACGUCCGUAUCACGGACCUUCCGAUCGUGUACACUCUCCGAGAGCUCCGUCAAUCGCACCUCAAUUGCCUGGUCCGCGUGAGCGGAGUUGUCACCAGAAGAACAGGCGUGUUCCCUCAGCUCAAAUACGUUCUGUUCAUUUGCAACAAGUGCGGUAUGACUCUGGGUCCUUUCCAGCAGGAAGCGAGUGCCGAGGUCAAGAUCUCCUUCUGCCAGAACUGCCAGUCAAGAGGUCCCUUCACAUUGAACUCUGCAAAGACUGUUUAUCGAAACUAUCAGAAAUUGACUCUGCAGGAGUCACCUGGUUCGGUGCCCGCUGGCCGUCUCCCGCGCCAGCGUGAGGUGAUCCUCCUUGCUGAUCUCAUCGACUCUGCGAAACCUGGAGAUGAGAUCGAAGUUACUGGUAUCUACCGCAACAGCUAUGAUGCUCAGCUAAACAACAAGAACGGAUUCCCUGUUUUUGCUACCAUCCUUGAGGCGAAUCAUGUCAUCAAAUCGCACGACCAGCAGGCUGGUUUCCAUCUGACCGAGGAAGAUGAGCGACAGAUUCGUGCUCUUUCAAGAGAUCCUGAUAUUGUGGACAAGAUCAUACGAUCUAUUGCUCCCAGCAUCUACGGCCACUUGGACGUGAAGACUGCAGUUGCUCUGUCUUUGUUCGGUGGUGUCAGCAAAGAGGCGCAAGGAAAGAUGUCCAUCCGUGGCGAUAUCAACGUUCUCCUGCUUGGUGACCCUGGUACCGCCAAAUCUCAGGUCCUCAAGUACGUCGAAAAGACAGCCCACCGCGCAGUCUUUGCGACUGGUCAGGGUGCAAGUGCUGUCGGUCUGACGGCCAGUGUCCGUCGUGAUCCCCUGACAAACGAGUGGACCCUUGAGGGUGGUGCUCUCGUCCUUGCUGACCGGGGUACCUGCCUGAUUGAUGAAUUCGACAAGAUGAAUGACCAGGAUCGUACUUCCAUCCACGAGGCUAUGGAGCAACAGACUAUCUCUAUCUCCAAGGCUGGUAUCGUCACUACCCUCCAGGCUCGAUGCGCAGUUGUUGCAGCUGCGAAUCCGAUCGGUGGCCGAUACAACGGCACUAUCCCUUUCUCUCAGAACGUCCAACUUACUGAGCCCAUUUUGUCUCGUUUCGACAUUCUCUGCGUCGUGCGUGAUCAGGUGGAACCGAGUGAAGAUGAGCGCUUGGCCAACUUCGUGAUCGAGUCUCACCACCGCGCAAAUCCUACAAGGCCACACAGGGAUGAGCAAGGUAAUCUAGUCAACGCCGAUGGUCAGCGUAUCGAUGAGGAAGGAUAUCGUGUUGACAACAACGGCAACCGCCUUCCCCUCACCCCUGAGGAGCAGCGGAAACGAGAGGAAGCGAAGCGCAAGGAGGAGGAAGAGAAGGAGGGAGAGAUCCCGCAGGAACUACUACGGAAAUACAUCCUGUAUGCCCGCGAGAGAUGUCACCCUAAGCUCUACCAAAUCGACCAGGACAAGGUGGCUCGCUUGUUCGCGGACAUGAGACGUGAGUCUCUCGCUACAGGAGCGUAUCCUAUCACUGUCCGUCACCUUGAAGCCAUUAUGCGUAUCGCAGAGGCCUUCUGCAAGAUGCGUCUUUCUGAAUACUGCUCCUCGCAGGAUAUCGACCGCGCCAUUGCUGUGACGGUCGAGUCCUUCAUUGGAAGCCAAAAAGUCAGCUGCAAGAAGGCUCUUUCGAGAGCGUUUGCCAAGUACACACUCUCCAGACCCAAGCCGCAAUCUAAGCGGAAGGCCGGUAUCUCAUCGCAGAACCCGUAUUCCCGUCGAAACGCGGGUGCAGUUUCUGCGUAAGAGUGAUACGGUAUAUGGAUAAAAGAAAUAGGUAAUUUUCUUGUAAUAUGCGGAAGAGGAAGCCUGGGGGUUCCUUGUUUAUCAUCAUCUACUUGAAACAUCUGUCCGGUUCUUAAAGGUUAUCAUCAGAUGGAGUUUGGGUUAUUGAGUGCGGUCUCUCUUUUCUGAUAUUGUCUGUUUGCGCCCUUGUUUCUACGGCUGAAGAUGAGUUGUUAUGGUAGAUACCUCUUGACAUGUGAUGGUGACCAACGAAUAGAAAUAUAAAGAACAUUCGUCAAUUUGCG